GCAUCUACUCAUUCUCUAUAGCACAAACAUAUCUCUUCUUUAAAAAAAUGCCUUUCAAACUUGCAAAAAAUUUCUCCAUAUGGUUGAUACUUGUCUUGUGUGCAUGUGCAUGCACAUCGGACGCGGCGUCCCGUGCCUACAACAUUCCGUCCGCAACUAAAAAGUUCGAGGAGUGGAUGACUAGACACGGGCGCGACUACAAAGAUGUCGCCGAGAAGGCGAAGCGUAUGAAGAUUUUCAUAGAAAACCUGCGGUUCGUUGAGGAGUUCAAUCGCGCAGCAAACCGGACUUACAAGGUCGGACUGAACAAAUUCUCGGAUUUAACCGACGAGGAAUUUGUGGCAACAUAUACUGGAUACAAAUCGCCAUCAUCAACACGCAGGAACUCCUCCCAAGUCCAUUCUUUUGAGUACCAAGGUUUGAACAACAUCCCGGAGAGCGUCGAUUGGGUCAAAAAAGGUGCUGUCAACCCUAUAAAGAACCAAGGCCGAUGUGGAUCUUGCUGGUCGUUCUCCGUUGUAGCGACGGUGGAAGCAAUCACACAGAUCACCUCUGGCGUGCUACUGAACCUGUCUGAGCAGCAACUCAUAGACUGCGCCACCGACGGCAACCAGGGCUGCCAAGGUGGCUGGAUGGACAACGGCUUCGAGUACAUCAUCAGCAACAAAGGCAUCAGCUCCACAUCGAACUAUCCAUACGUUGGGGUCGACGGAACCUGCGACGUGCAGGCCGAAUCUGUCGCCGAGGCCAAAAUAUCGGACUACCGGGACGUCCCCCCGAACGAGGAUGACAUGCUGAAGGCCGUGGCGAUGCAGCCGGUGUCAGUAGCGCUGGACUCGAGCGGGCCUGCGUUUAAGAAUUAUAAAGGCGGGGUCUUUACUGGCCCGUGCAAUAACAAUCUGGACCAUGCGGUGACGGUCGUCGGGUACGGGACGGACGACGGGGGGAUCGAGUACUGGUUAGUAAGGAACUCUUGGGACGUUUUGUGGGGCGAGAAUGGGUACAUGAGAAUUCAGAGGAACUCUGGGGUUGAAGGUGGCCUUUGUGGAAUUGCCUCGAAAGUUUCUUAUCCCGUUGCGUAAGUACUUAUCUACGAGAUUAUGGCUUCGAGCUCAUGUGUGUUAGUAGGCUAAAUUUGGUCGAUAUGAACCGAGUUUAGUCUAAGUGGAAAUAUUUCGGGCUAAUUACUAUAGUUAAUCUCGUGUAUUUACUGUUUCAAUUUCAGUUAGACCGUAUGCGACCUUUGCUGGGUAUUUUAUGCUGAAGUGUUUUGAGUGUUUAACGAUGAUGAGAAUAAAGAGGAUUUGAAGACGGUCCUUGAAUUUUA